AAUGAUAAAAGGGUUGGAGCAAUAGAGGGCCUCACUAUUGGUCAUGGCCAAGAAGCUACUAGAAAUGUUGUGUAUAGCAUCUUUUGGUGUUGCGAUCUGGUGGGAUGAAAUCUUGCUGCAAGAAGACCCCUGGAGGCCAGACAAGUUCAAGGAGAAAAAGGAUUAGCUCAAGCCAGACAUGUGAAUUCAAUCCAGCUACACCAUAUGGAUUAAACCUGAUUUAAAACUGUUUGCCCCACUUAAAGGUUUGUUCAAAAUGUAGGUUCAUCAUCAUGGCUACUUCUUUGGUUUCCUCUCAAUUUGCUGGGGCUUUUGUGGAGCGCGGGUGGUCGGGAAGAAUUAGGUCGAAGAGAUUCUCAGGCAUUGUGGCCGCAUCGAGGCCUGGAGAUUUUGAGAGCGACGGCGAGCUCAUCACCAAGCGGCUCAAGGAUUUGUCGGAUAGCCUAUUGCUGCCUCGUGAUUUCCUGAAGUCCCUUCCUCGAGAUUUGCAAGUGGAUGUUAACGAUGCAGCGUUUGCACUAUCCAGAGGUCCUGUUCAUCAAGAGUGUGGAAGCCAAGUUGGAGAGCUUCUUCAGCGGCUUUCAAAGGCGUGGGAGCGAGCCGACACGGACUCGGUUGGAGAAAUUGGCAAGGCUUUCACGGGUUUGGAGGGAGCAAUCUCAAAGAGUGGCAAUGGACCUGCCUUUGGAAGGAGACUGAUCAGAGCUGGGAACUACUUCAAGUCCACAGGACAAUAUGCUCAGGGCGAAUUUCAAGAUAUAGCCAAAGCUCUUUUGGCUCUUGGAGAGGCAGUGGGAGGGCGAGAAGCUCCAGAGACUGACAUAUCCACCAUGCCCAGAGUUUUGAAGUUUGGAACCUUGCAAGUAGAGAUCACGCCGGGCAAAGCGUUCACAGGAGCAGCUAUUGCCUUGGUUUUCGGGUUUUUAUCAUGGCAGCUUGCCGCGGCUGUCAAAAACAUUCCAGAGUCUUCCCUGAGCUACGCAAACGACAAUGCUCUAAUGGUUGCGGCUUCUUUGCGGGGAACUCUGCUUGCGAUGGCCUAUUCAUGUGCUGGUCUCAGUGCAUUCUCCACUGUCGGCUUAAUCGUUCUUGGCUUCCAGGCCAAGAACAAGGAAUAGAGUUAUACUGUGAGCAAGGGAAGAAUCUGUACAAUUCAAUGCGACCUUUUAUCA